AUGACUGUUGCAUGUAAUUUAUCCUUGUUCUCGGGUUUCGUCAUCCAGGAGCGGAGGACGCCCCUGCCAAUCGAUAGGAAGGUGCCAACAAUCGAUGACGUCACAAGGCAGAUCCCCAAUGGACCAAUCACAGCAGCCCAGCGACCCCGCCCUUUUAGCGCCUAUAUAAGUGGUCGGUGUAGUGACCACACAAUAAAUUCUUAUCGGCUGCGUCGAGUACGUCUUGCAUACCGCGGUGAAGGGCGCACGAGAAGCCCUCACCGUGCGACUGCGUGGAAUUAUGGCUCAUGUUCUCAUUGGAGACGCACUCAAGGCGGACCUAAAGAAAACCGCAGCUAUCCAGGAAUAUCCGAUGCCACGCAUGCGCGCAAAAAUGAAGAUAUUUCUAGGGAUGUGUUCUUACUAGAGCAAGUUUAUACUGCGUUCUUCCAAAGCAGCGGCUCCGCUCCACGCCAUGAGCUUGGAAAGGCUCCGUUCAAAUGGAACAGAGAGCGCACACAAGCAUUCGACACACUCAAGGUCCGCUGUCUAACCGAUCCUGGCGCAAUCCGACAUCGAGGGAGCGCAUUUGGGAGCGAAACCUUUUUGUAUCGACACAGACUCCAUAGUGACGGCACUGCGCAGAUUCCAUGUUUGUCUAUGGGCUCUUGGUCGAGGUCUAUACUGAUCACCAAUCCCUCACAGCUCUCUUCACACGCUCAAAUGCUUCGACGAGAGUUCUUCGCUGGGUGUUGGAGUUUCAAACCUAUAACAUUAGAAUCGUUUAUGUAA